CGAGUAAUAUGCGAAGAACUCAAGGGUGUAUCCGAAAUUGUUAAGUGGUUAGCUUUUGGUCCUCGUGAUGAUGUCAACAAAUAUGAGGGUUACGAUGUCAAUGGCUUCACAUUUUGGACUGAGGGUCAAGACAAGAAGUCAUCGUAUCUACAGAAUAGUGGGGUUUCUAUUUUGGCGUCAUCUACAUUUUACGCGAGUGCGAAGGAUCAAGCGCCGGUUGAUGCUAAAUUGGUAUACUAUGGGUGGGUACAUGAAAUAUGGGAGCUUGACUACUCUACUUUCAAUAUUGGUCUUUUCAAAUGUAAGUGGGUAGAUAAUAAUCGACGAUGCAUAAAAAAUGACGACCCUUGUGGAUUCACUCUUGUAGACUUAGCUCGUUUGCGUGAUAGUGAGGAGCCAUUCAUACUAGCCACACAAGCCAAGCAAGUAUUCUACAUUGUAGACCCGUCUGAUAAAAAAUGGUCUAUUGUUGUACCGGGAAAAAGAAGCAUUCUUGGUAUAGGUGAUGUUGAGGAUGAGGAAGAAUAUGAAGCUUUUGAAGACUCCCCUCCCUUUAUCAAUCCAAUAUCAGUGGAUCAAGAUGAUGUAGAUGAUGAAGAUGUUGGUUAUAUGCGUGUAGAUCACACGGAAGGAAUACAUUUGAAUUAAGUGAUUCACAAGGUACUGAUAUAUAAUGCAUCUAUUCAGAGAUGAAAUUGUCCCCGAGAUUGAGACCUCGGAUAAUGAGCAUCGUAGUUACGACAGUGAAGAGGACCAAAUUGUGAGAUUCGAGCGUAUGGCUGAAGACGCUCCACCUCUAGACAAUAAUUUUGAGACUGAAGACGCCCCACCAAUGGAUGCUUCCACUACCAGUAAGAAAAGAAAAGGGCGAGGUCCUACGAAAAACCUCAAAGUCACAGAACCAAUGCAUUUGGAAUACAAUGCAUUGGGUCAACCCUGCGGAAAAUGGCGUAGGCAAUAUGGAAAACAAGUGGGCCUAUGUAUCCGCAAGAUUUCCAUAUUGCACGCAUUGAACGAGGUUCCAGAGGGUUUGAAAAACUCUCUAUGGAAUGAUACUGUGAAUCUUUUCCACAUCGAGAGCGAUGAGGACAAGAAGAAUGUGUUUCUUUCAGCUGUUGCUGAAAGAUUCAGAGAUUUCAAAUCCAAGCUAGUAACUGGCUGGAUUACGAAGACCCGUGCCCGUACGGCCAAAAAGGUCAAAACGGGAAACGAAGGUGGAGAGCAAGCACCUUCGAAGAUGCCCUACGAAAUAUGGGGUCACAUAUCGAAGAGGGAUUGGGAGGCCUUUGUUGCCAAAUGAACAACUCCCAUAGAAGUUGAAAAGCGUGGUAAAGCUUCUGAUUCUGCAAGCAAAAGGAAGUUUUACCAUCGCUUAGGCCAGAAAACGUACGAUGAGGUCCGAAAAGAGUGGGUGGAUGCGGGUUUAUACCUCAAUCAAAGUUCAUCCACACCCUCAUCUACGACUACCUCCGCAUCCGUACAUACUCUUGCUGGAGAUCGGAUGCGUGAUUGGUAUUGCGGGCUUCAUUCCCGAGAUGCAAGUGGUAAAUUUACCAUUAAUGAUCCGGGAACGAAGAAGGUUGCUGAUGCUGUGGUGAGUUUUGAAAUUAUUAAGUAUAUUCUUCAUUU